ACAAAGUAGUUCAGGCAGCAGGUUAAAUCGAGACAGAAAAAGUUAGGUUAAGGUUGCAGAAGUGAGCGGUCCCAGCGUUGGACAGCUUGCAGAAUCCGUCUAUUAGAAUACAAUUUGAAAAAUUUCGGUUCAUUCUUAAGAUCUUUGAAGAAUAUGACAGGUUAUACUUAUUAACAAUAAGCAGGCUGAUUCUUCAGUGAAAAUGAGUAAAAACUUUAAGAUUCUGCAAAACCUCGCUGUCGGUCUGCUGUUCAUAACCCUUUGCUUAUGGGUUCAGGAUUCAGAAUCAGCGGCAUGCCAUGGCUGCACUGGAUCAAAGUGUGACUGUAGUAACGUGAAAGGAGAUAAGGGUGACAGGGGGCUUCCAGGCCUACAGGGCCAGCCAGGGGUACCUGGAUUCCCAGGACCAGAGGGGCCUAUUGGACCUCGUGGAGAGAAGGGAGAUGAUGGACCUACAGGAUCAAGCGGUCCCAAAGGAAUACGAGGCCCUCCUGGACUACCAGGAUUCCCCGGGACACCAGGAAUUCCCGGCCUUCCAGGGCAGGAUGGACCCCCUGGACCUAGAGGAACUGCAGGCUGUAAUGGAACGAAGGGUGACAGAGGAUUCCAAGGAACUUCAGGCCUCCCAGGCAUAGAGGGCCAGCCAGGCCCCCCAGGAUUCCCAGGCCAAAAGGGUGAACCCGGUGAAUUGAUUCCCCUUGACCGUUUUGGAACAAAAGGUGAUAUUGGUCCACCUGGCCUGCCAGGUCCUCGAGGGAUUUCAGGACCUUCAGGACUGCCAGGACCUGUUGGUCCCACUGGCCCUAGAGGUUAUGAGGGUCGUCCCGGGCCUCCAGGUCUCCAGGGACCAAAGGGAAACAUGGGACUGAACUUCCAAGGGCCGAAGGGAGACAAGGGUGAGCAAGGACCCUCAGGGCCACCAGGACCGCCUGGACAGGUCGGAGAGCUGCAGAGCACCGGGCAAACUACAUUCCAACAGGGAGAGAAGGGUGACCGUGGCCCACCUGGCCCUCCUGGAGUUUCUGGAGUGCCUGGACCACCUGGAGUCUCUGGAGGACAGAAAGGAGACAAAGGAGAAUCUGGUGAACCUGGUAAAAGGGGGAAAUCUGGAAAAGAUGGUGACCCGGGUCCUGCUGGAUAUCCUGGUGGAAAAGGAGACCCUGGUUCCCCCGGACUGCCUGGUCGUGAUGGCGAAAGUGGGGAGAAAGGAGACCGUGGCUACCCGGGGCCUCCAGGGCAGGUGGUGACAGGACCCACGUCAAAUGCAGUAGGCCAGAAAGGAGACCGUGGAUUCCCUGGAAAUCCUGGAAGAAAAGGAGACAGAGGGCCAGCAGGUUUAUCUGGACCCCCCGGGACCCCCGGCGCACCAGGUAUUGGGGAGCCAGGUACCCCUGGUAGACCAGGCUUCCCUGGGGAGAGAGGUCAGAAAGGUGAGGAGGGACAAGUAGGAAUUGGUUUGCCAGGGCCACCUGGCAGAAAUGGACAACCAGGCUUAUCAGGUCCUCCUGGACCACCAGGUCCCCCAGGAACAUCUUCUAAUACUGGUGGCUGUGCCGACGGUGCUCCGGGUCUACCUGGCUCACAGGGAGAUCGUGGAUACCCAGGAGAGACUGGGCAGAAAGGUGCAAAGGGUGACACAUGUGUCAAUUGUUUCUCUAAUGGAGGAGGCCUCCCCGGACCUGCAGGACCACCUGGUGCACCAGGACUCUCAGGUGCUCCUGGAUUACCAGGGUCUAAAGGUGAAAGAGGAUACCCUGGAGGACCAGGACUUCCAGGAUCUGCUGGUACACCUGGGCUCCAGGGUGGAGCUGGGUAUCCUGGGGAGAAGGGGGAUCCUGGUGACGCGAUAUCUGUAUCUGGUGUAACGGGCGAGAAAGGAGACACAGGUUUCCCUGGUCCUGCUGGCUUACCUGGUUUGGAUGGCAGACCUGGACGUGACGGAGGCCCUGGUGCACCUGGUCCCAAAGGAUCUCCUGGCUCUUUACAGGUUCAGGGACAGAUUGGUCCCCCUGGAGAGCCGGGCACACCAGGUCCUCCGGGUGACAGGGGUUCACCUGGAUCACCAGGAUUUGGACCACAAGGACCUCUAGGAGAGAAGGGUAUCCAGGGAGUGUCAGGAAGAUCAGGAUCCCCUGGUGCACCAGGGCCAAAAGGCGAACCUGGCCGAACCAUUGCAGAGAAAGGCACUCAAGGGGCACCGGGCAGAGACGGAGAACCUGGUCUACCAGGAGGUCCAGGCACAUCAGGUUCACCAGGGCAACCAGGUUUCCCAGGGUUAUCUGGUGCAAAAGGAGAUCCAGGUCUUCCUGGUAUUGGCUUACCUGGACCUCCUGGACCUAAAGGUUUCCCUGGCGGUCCUGGGAGUCCAGGGACAUCUGGUUCUCCAGGGCGACCUGGUUUGGAUGGGCUCCCUGGUACCCCGGGAACAUCUGGAUCAAAGGGAGAGCCAGGUUAUGGUUCACCAGGCCCACAGGGACCUCCUGGUUUCCCGGGUGGAAAAGGAUUUCCCGGAUCUAAGGGAGACCCUGGUUUUCCAGGAAACCCAGGAGGUCCUGGGCGUCCAGGGUUAAACGGAGGCCCUGGCUCUAAAGGUGAUUCUGGUAUUCCUGGUUUACCUGGAGCCCGUGGCCCUGCAGGCAGCCCUGCUUUUGGUGUACAAGGGUCACCAGGACCGCCUGGAUCUUCUGGGCCCAUGGGUUCCCCAGGAUUCCCAGGUGCAAAAGGCGAAGCAGGUAUUCCUGGCCGCCCGGGACUGGAUAUUCCAGGGUUGCCAGGAGACAGAGGUAGUCCUGGCCUCCCUGGAUCUUCUGGACCUGUUGGCUCAUCAGGCCCACCUGGUGGACCCGGUAGAGAUGGACUUCCUGGACUUCCUGGUCAGAAAGGAGACAUGGGUGUGAUGGGCCCGCCAGGACCUUUGGGUACCCCUGGUAAUCCAGGUGGACCAGGAUACAACGGUCCAAAAGGUCAAGAUGGUUAUUCUGGGAGACCAGGCAGUCCCGGUGGACCUGGAUUCAAAGGAGAUAAGGGUGACGCUGGUAUCCCUGGCGCUCCUGGUCCCGCCAUACCUCCAGCUCUUCUGAAAGGAGGAAAAGGAGACCCAGGUUUCCCAGGUACGGGAGGUACUCCAGGUCAGAAGGGUAUCUCUGGAAUUCCAGGGGACGCUGGAAUUCCAGGGCAGGAUGGACGACCAGGAGUUCCUGGACCUCCAGGUCCCAAAGGAGAUCCAGGAUUUCCUGGAGGCCCUGGUGGCCCUGGCGCUUCAGGUGGAAAGGGAGCCAUGGGUGAAAUGGGAUUCCCUGGACCCUCUGGAAUUAAAGGAGGUCCCGGUCAACCAGGAGCCUCAGGAAGACCUGGAUCACCUGGAUCAUCAGGAUAUCCAGGAGCUAAGGGGGAUGCCGGUGCUCCAGGAUUUGGGGCACCAGGAAGUUCAGGACCCAAGGGUGACGCUGGAACACCCGGCUAUCCUGGAAGCCCAGGAGCCAAAGGCCAAGCAGGUUCUCCAGGCUCUGCAGGAUUCCCUGGUGGCCCCGGAGCUAAGGGGGACGCAGGGCUGCCAGGAUUUCAAGGAACACCCGGUAUUCCUGGUCCAAAGGGUCUAGAUGGAUCCCCUGGUUCUCCGGGUAUCAAUGGACCUCCUGGUAGACCUGGAGAAGGAGGUCGCCCAGGAUCAUCAGGUUAUCCUGGAGAAAAAGGUCAAGCUGGCCGUGAUGGAAUCCCAGGACCAGAUGGAUUGAAAGGAGAUCCAGGUCCUCCUGGAUUUGGAACCCCUGGUUCCCCAGGUCUGCCAGGAUUCCCAGGUCCUAAAGGAGAUAUUGGCCUUCCUGGUUCUUCAGGAAGUCCUGGUUACCCUGGACCAAAGGGUGACUCAGGAUUCCCGGGGUUGCCUGGAGGUCCUGGCAGUACCGGGGCCCCUGGCCCUUCAGGUGUUACUGUGCAAGGACCCAAAGGUAACCCAGGUCUUCCUGGUGCUCCUGGACGACUCGGUCCUGAAGGUCUACCAGGUGCCCCUGGUCCCGAAGGCCCACGUGGUCCCCCUGGCAGUGGAGGUGUUAAGGGAGAGAUCGGCUUUCCUGGCACCCCUGGGAACCCAGGCUUUCCUGGGCAGAAGGGCGAGUAUGGCCCUGCUGGAUUGCCGGGAGGUCCGGGUAGCCCAGGAUUCCCUGGACCGAAAGGAGACCUCGGACUUCCUGGUGUCCCAGGAUUCCCAGGACCUAAAGGCCAGCUCGGUACUGGUGGUACCCCUGGUCCUCCUGGUGACUCUGGUAACCCAGGUCUUACUGGACCCCCAGGUGACCCAGGUGUGGCUCCAACCCCUAUCGUAUUGAAGGGAGAGCCUGGUCCCCCUGGCAACCCUGGUCUGCCCGGCAACAUAGGGGCCCCUGGUCCCUCAGGAUUGGAAGGCUUGUCAGGUCCACCUGGAGAAGCUGGAGGCCCUGGUCCAGAGGGGCCCCCAGGAUUCAGUGGCCCUCCUGGAAGGAAAGGAGCUAUUGGACCAGCAGGACAGCCAGGCUCGCGUGGUUACCCCGGUCCCCCCGGCUCUGAUGGCCUGCAAGGACAACCUGGUCAGCCAGGUCCAGGAUCAGUAGCACAUGGCUUCCUGAUCACACGCCACAGUCAGUCUACAGACGUGCCUUCUUGCCCCGGUGGCACCAGUCUCAUCUACGAUGGCUACUCCCUACUGUAUGUGCAGGGCAAUGAGCGGGCCCACGGACAAGAUCUAGGUACGGCUGGAAGCUGUUUGAGGCGCUUCAGCACCAUGCCCUUCAUGUUCUGCAACAUCAAUAACGUCUGCAACUUCGCCUCUCGUAACGACUACUCCUACUGGCUGUCCACUCCGGAGCCAAUGCCCAUGAGCAUGGCCCCCAUCACUGGACAGAGCAUUCAGCCUUUCAUCAGCAGGUGUUCUGUUUGUGAAGCCCCAGCUAUGGUGAUUGCUGUGCACAGCCAGACCAUCCAGAUUCCUUCCUGCCCCCAGACUUGGGAGCCCCUGUGGAUCGGCUACUCUUUCAUGAUGCACACCAGUGCGGGAGCAGAGGGGUCCGGUCAGGCCCUGGCCUCUCCUGGCUCUUGUCUGGAGGAGUUCCGCUCCUCACCCUUCAUCGAGUGCCACGGGCGAGGCACCUGCAACUACUACGGCAACUCCUACAGCUUCUGGUUGGCCACGGUGGAUAUUAAUGACAUGUUCAGGAAGCCACAGUCCGAAACACUGAAAGCAGGCAACCUGCAGACGCGUGUGAGCCGCUGCGUGGUGUGUAUGAAGAGGACGUAACAGAGCUGACCCAGUGGGGGCGGAACAGCGUCAUGGGCUCAUGGGCCAUCAUGAUAGCUGGAGCAAUGACGUCAGCGACAGGUGGAAUUCCAGGGGUGCAUUGUCUUCAAGUCAAACUCUAUGGUGCUACUGUGCAACACAGCAAAAAAACUGUUAUAAAAUGAAUUUAUUAUCCUUUUUUUUUUUGUUUUUGAAAGAAGUACCUCAUUAAGAAACGCCAACAAUCCCAGAAUGGUGCCAAGGCGGCAAAAAGUGCAUUUAGUUUUUUCUUUUCCUGUUUCUGGGGCAUUUUUUUCCUUCACAUGAAAGUAAUUUUCUUUAAAGAUUUUUGAUGUUGGUACAGAGAUGGUACAUUUUUGAGACAGAAGUGCUCCCUUUUAUUUUUCUGUUUUUUAUAAUGGAGUGGAAUUGUCUCCAUGUUACCAAAUCGGCACUUUUGAACAUCAAAGAGAAGAAAUGCACUGAAGAGCUACAUUAGUGAGACUGUUUUUUAUGCUUCAAUACAUUUCUUUCCAUCAUUUGUUGCUUUUCCUUUGUUGGUGGUACUAAUCCUGCUGUGUCCAAGACUCUUUAACUCCCUAUAGACAUUUUUCCUCCUUUUGUAAGUAAUGAAAUGUGUAUAUUGUGUAAAACGCCUUUUUAGUGUAAAACCUAAAAAAUGGUAGAUUCUGUCAUGAAUUUCUGGGUGACUCAGUCAUUCAUUCACUCACUUAUUCAUUCACGCGCUCACUCACUUACUUACACAUUUACACUUACACAAGCAUUGUACAAAUUAUGUGUGCUAUAAAUGAAACAGUAUUUUUAUAUAUAUAAAUAUAUAUAUAAGAAAAGAAAAUACAGACUAUAUAUAUAUAUAUACAAACCUUUCAGCUAAACAGCAGUGGGAAGUACUUUAAUACAGUAACUAUUUCCUUACGUCAAAUAACAUUUCACAAACUACUGAUAUUUGAGUGGCUAUAUCCAAGAAAGCUUUCCUUGUCAAAGGUCCAAUAAGAUUUACAAAACGAUUAUGCUGUAUGUUCAAAUUUUUUAUGUUACUUUAACACAAAUUUUCUCUGAGGACUUAGAUCUUACUUCAGCUGAUCUUAAUCUCUUGAAUCCAAUAAAAUAUUAGAGAUAUGAAUAGUUUCUUUCCCUGGUCUUAGUUGUGUUUCAGUGCGUUAUUGUACAUACGUGGUGAGAUUAAAAGGAAAGAGGGCCAAUAAUUCCUAUGACUAUUUUCUCUUGAAUUUUAGUCAAUUUGGGGUGCAAGAAUAUGUAUUAAUUUCAAGAUCUGUUUUAUUCAUGUUUAUUAUCCAGAAGUUGUUAUACAAUUUUAAGACUGAAAUAAAGAAAUACAAAACUCUACUAUUCUCAGUGUCAUACAAAACAAAGACAUUUGAAAUUCACCAAUGACUGAAAGUCUAUUUCAAAAUCUCAGUGUACGACACUACUGAUGGUGCAAUGGGGUUCUUUAUUUAAUUUACAGAGGAGAUGUACAUUUAGUUUUAAGCACUAGAGGGAGUAAUUGGGCAAGUUAAUACGUUAGUGCUAUAGGAAUUGAAUUUGCUAUCAACCUUAAAUUGCAAAUAAGAACUCUUGUAAGUGUCGAUUAACCACUGGAUUGUGUCAGUAGGUUUCCGUCCUGAUAAAUAAUGCCAUCUCCCUGUCAAGAAGUGAACAUCUCUUAGGCUGUUCUCAGAUGGGAACUCAGAUCUAGAAAAUAUUGAUGAGAAAAUAGUAAGUGAUUUUUAGG